AUGGAUCGUCACAUUGGGUCUCAUUUUAAUGUCCCAGAUGGUUCCUUCCUUGUUUCCACCUUAAUUUCCACAGCCAUUUUUCUCACUUUCAUGGACCGUUUUCUGUUGCCCACAUAUCAAAGACUAUUGAAUCGUACUCUAACACCACUCCAACGAGUGGGCAUAGGACAUGUCUUGAAUAUCAUAGGAAUGGCAGCAUCUGCUAUAGUCGAAGCCAAACGAAUCAAUGUGGCAAGAUCUCAAAACAUUGCUGGGAAUAUGGCCGUACCGAUGUGGUUAGUGGGGCCAUUAGCAAUUGUGGGUAUUGGAGAAACAUUCCAUUUUCCAGGGAAGGUGUCGUUGUAUUACCAAGAGUUUCCAAAAUCUCUUCGUAGUACUUCUACGUCUAUGAUUUCAAUGCUUGUGGCUUUAGGGUAUUAUUUGAGUACAACUCUUAUUGGCUUGGUUCGCAGGGUUACCAAAUGGUUGCCGGAUGAUAUCAACGAGGGGAGAUUAGACAAUGUAUUCUGGUUGUUGGUUGUAAUAGGAGUGAUCAACUUUGGUUAUUACCUAACUUGCUCAGUGAUGUACAAGUACAAAAGUAUUAUGGACGAUGAUGAAAAGUGUGCAGAGGUUCAUGAUGAAUAUCAAUUAAAAUAG